AUGGAACCCAACCCUCACGGGAAAAAGGAUCAUCCUUCUGAUCCAGCACCAUCAGCAGGACCAAACCUGGCGGGUUCUCAAGCAAUGAGCAGAAAAAGAAGCAAUCCUCAAGCUAAUGCCGAAUUGACAUCUGUCCCUGCGGACCAGCCCAUGGCAAAUGCUGAAACCGGCAAUCUUGGAGAAUCUGCUGCGAAGAGGCCCAAAGGCAACCGUCACUCCUCCUUCAUGUGGGCGGGUGACGAACCCCACAAAGGCUGGAAAGCAUCCUAUGUCGCCAUGACAAAGUGCGACUUCUGCUCCCUAUCAGGCAGAGGUGUUGUCCACCAGUGUAACGAUUGCAAAUUAACUGUCUGCGGGGAAUGCGUCGGCAAGGGCGAACUGGAGGGCGAUCAAGUCCACAACAUCAAACCUGGCUCACUCAACUGGGAGCUCCCCAAGAAGCCCAAGGCAAAGGCCCCAAGACACCCGCUCCCACCAAAGCCCCCCGGUGGUAAAUGGACCCAAGACAAGGGAGCCAAAUCGCGCGGGGGACCCUCAAACGGGGCCCCAGGCUUAGUAGGACCAUUGGAACAGCGACCAUUCGGAGGAACAACUGCUGGACCAUGGGCAACUCCACUAUUGGUUCAUGGAGGAGAGAUUAACCACAACGGCGCUCAGGCUCCUCCUUUCGGCCAGAUCGUACAACCACCCGCUGCUAACUUUCAGUUUCGCUACCCAUAUCCGAUCCCACCUCCUGUAACUCUUCCCCAGUCAACUGGACCUAGCUCUCACUCUCGCAACGGAAACCAGCAGAGCUCUCAUGCUCGCAACGGAAAUCAGAGGCGCCAAGAUACACCUUUUAAAAUAGAGUCAACAGACAUAUCACACCCGAGAAACGGGGCUGCAAGGGUAGUUCCCACGCCACUUGACCUCAGCUAUCUUCAAAACAACCGGAGUGCUCCCAAGUCAUCUAACGAUCUGAUGGCCCCGCAGGCAUCCAAUGAUCAGACUGCUCGUCGGCCGUCCAACGAUCUGGUGGCCCCGCGGGCAUCCGAUGAUCAAACUGCUCGCUGGCCGUCCAACGACCUGACUACUCCACGGUUAUCAAGCGAUUUGACUGCUAUUUCUCAAGCAAACCAGAUCAAUGCCUCUUUUAUAGAGUACAUCCAGCGUAUCCAGGCAAAGGACCCUUCUCGCAACCCUGGGGUCCAGUUGCCCUCGAUCGACGAGUUAUUCAAGACUCUCCAGCCUCAGUCUCAGCCGGCAUCUAACACCGCUUCAAAUACCCUUCCGGACCCCGUUCGACCCCGACAACCCCGCGAGAAGCCAACCUCAGCCCGCCCCUUGGCCUGGGGCGCAGACCUCGAGGCGGGUGACUUGCACCGGCUGACGCAGAGCGAGGCCGCCGCCUUCCAGGCGAUCCUUGGGGCGACCUACACCGCGAUUAACAUGCUUAGUUUACACCCGGUGAAGAGUGCAGCGAGACAGUGGGUGUGUGAGCAGGAGCAGAAGAUCAAGGACAAGGGAGUGAACCCUUUUGGUCUUUGA